ACGAUCUCAAUUCAUAUUUGAGGAAGUCGGAGAUUCGAUCGGCCUUGGGAGUUCUCCGUCUCUCCUCAGGCCGCCCAUAACCAUGGCAUCUUCAGUUUUCGGUCCCUGUUGAAAAAGAAAGGAAACUCGAGAAAUUUUUGAAGUAAAGAACACCCUAUCCGGAACUAUAUAUAUCUAUAUCCACAAUCGCAUUGUGGAUUUCUGGAUAUUCUUCAUUUUCAAUAACCUUCUGAAAUAUGGGUGUGAUUUCGAAUACGGUGAUGCCGGUCUGCGAUCAGCUCUGUUUUUUUUGCCCGGCAAUGCGGCCAAGGUCACGGCAGCCUGUGAAACGAUACAAGAAGAUGCUUGCCAAUAUCUUCCCCAAAUCUCCGGAUACGGAACCCAAUGAACGAAUGGUUAGCAAAUUAUGUGAAUAUGCUUCAAAAAAUCCACUUCGUAUACCGAGGAUCACGACUUCUCUUGAGCAACGGUGCUACCGGGAAUUAAGAAACGAGAAUCUUUCAUCUGUAAAAAUUGUCAUGUAUGUCUACCAGAAGUUACUAACAUCUUGCAACCAGCAAAUGCCAUUAUUUGCAGGAAGCUUUCUUGAUAUUGUAAACGUGUUGUUGGAUCAGAUAAAGUAUGAUGAAGUUCGCAUUGCUGCAUGCCUAGCCCUUUUUCACUUCAUUACUAACCAGAGUGAUGCAACAUAUGUGUUUAAUUUAGAAAGCUUAAUACCAAAACUCUGCCUAAUUGCUCAAGAGAUGGGAACUGAGGAAAGGAUACUGAAAUUACGCUGUUCUGGACUUCAAGUGCUCUCUUCUAUGGUUUGGUUCAUGGGUGAAUUUGGUCACAUGCCAGCAGAAUUUGACAAUGUUGUUGCUGUUGUCUUGGAAAACUAUGAAGGCCCUGAGGAUAAACCUGACUACCUUAAUAAUGAUAACCAAGAUACAGAAAUUGACCAGGAUAGACAAGAAUGUGCAGGUGUAAACCAAGCUAAUGCAUCAUCUGAAGCAAUCAGCAGAGCUACCUCUUGGAAGAAUAUUGUGACUGACAGAGGCCUUAGUGUGACCCUAGAAGAAUCUACAAACCCAAAAUUUUGGUCUAAAGUGUGCUUACAUAACAUGGCAAAGUUGGCGAAAGAAGCAACAACAGUACGCCGUAUUUUAGAGUCUUUAUUCCGUUAUUUUGAUAAUGAAGAUCUUUGGUCACCUCAACAUGGAGUUGCCAUUUCUGUUUUGUUGGACAUGCAAUGGAUUGUGGAGAACUCUGGGCACAAUGCACAUUUUUUGUUGUGUACAUUAAUCAAGCAUCUUGAUCACAAGAACGUCCUAAAAAACCCUGAUAAGCAAGUAGAUAUUGUUGAAGUUGCAACCUCCCUUGCACUGAAGUCAAAGGUGGAGUCAUCAGUUACAAUUGUUGGUGCAUUUGGUGAUAUGAUGAGACACCUUCGGAAAAGCCAACACAAUUCCCUUGAUCAAUCUGAUCUAGAGGAAGAUAUAAUUGAGCAGAACAAAAAAUUACGUGCUGCAGUUGAUGAAUGCCUCGUCCAGAUGUCUCGUAAGAUUGGAGAUCCUGGUCCAAUUCUUGAUAUGAUGGCAGAGAUGUUGGAGAGCAUCUCAAAUGCAACAGUUACAGCUAGGGAUACGAUCGCUACUGUGCAUCGUACUGCUCAAAUAGUAUCAUCAUUACCAAAUUUAUCAUAUCAAAACAAGGCUUUCCCCGAGGCUUUGUUUCAUCAAAUACUUUUAGCCAUGGUCUCAACAGACUAUGAAACAAGAAUUGAGGCACAUCGUUUAUUUUCUGUUGUACUUGUUCCAUCAUCCUUUUGUCCUUGUCCUUCCACCAGUGCAAAGAAAGGUGAUAUUCAGAGAACAUUGUCCAGAGCUGUUUCAGUGUUUUCUGUUUCUGCUGCUUUAUUCCACAAGUUGAGUAAGAUGGAGCAUCCCUCACAAGAAAUUAUGGAUGGGAAGGAGAACAUUUUUAAUGAUGAGAAUGAACAAAUGAAUAACCAAUCGAUGUUAACCCGAUUGAAAUCAAGCUAUAGCCGAGCUUACAGUAGUAAAAGGCUUCAAUUGUCAGAAAUUGAUGAAGGAAAAGGAAUGGGCAAUGUGGAAAGGGAACUGGACUGCAAUUCUCUGAAGUUGAAAACACAACACAUUAGCCUAUUGCUUUCUUCCAUAUGGGCGCAGGCCAUCUCUCCUAUGAAUACACCCAAGAACUAUGAAGCAAUUGCUCAUACUUACAGUUUGGUGAUUUUGUUUUCACGAAUUAAGAAAAGCUGCCAUGAUUCUCUUAUUCGAAGUUUCCAGCUUGCAUUUUCAUUGCGGAAAAUUUCUCUUCAAGGAGGGAAGCUUCCACCAUCACGAAGCCGAUCACUCUUCACAUUGUCAACAUCUAUGAUCGUUUUCUCAUCAAAAGUCUACAACUUAACCCGUCUACUUGCUUCUGCCAAGGCUGCAUUAAUAGAUAAAACAGUUGACCCAUUCCUUAAGUUGGUCGAUGAGUGCAAACUGCAGGAUGUAACCAGUACAUUGGACCCUAUGUUGAAAGUUUAUGGAUCAAAAGAGGAUGACGAAGAUGCCCUGAGAUCACUUUCAGCCUUACAGAAGUCUGAGAAAAAAUCUACAGAAUCUUUUGCUUCAAUGAUUGUGGACAGCUUGAAGCAGUCAUUAGAUAAAGAUAUAAAUGUUAUUCAGCAGCAGUUGCUUAAAACAUUUAUUCCAGAUGAUGUCUGUCCAUUGAGAGCUAAGGAUUUAGAUCCAAUUUUCACAAGCAAUGACAGCUUUUCCACUACUGGAGCUGAGAGUCAGACAGAUCCCAACCCUCAGAUUCUUUUGCAAGAACCAAGCCUCAUGGAUGUCAACCAAUUAUUGGAUUUGAUCUUAGAUGCAACAGUUGAUGCAGAAACACAAUCGGUUUCAAAUCCUGAAACAGCAUUCAUGGAUUAUGAUAGUCAGUGUGUGGCUCUUCAAAUGGGAAAGCAGAACACGAUGGACAUUAUGAGUGCCGAAGAGGUUCAAGAAAAUCUUUUGUUCUUCUUUCAGGAAAACACCAACCCAUUUGCCUUUGAUGAUCAGAAUUUCCCUACAGCUGGGAAUGCAAAUGACAAUCCAGACCCUUACAGCGUAUUUGGUGUACCAUCAAUGAACCCUACUACAAUGUCAUGUGCAGCUGAAUUUUAUUGUCAUUUCUUCGUACCACCGGCUUCAAGUCCAUAUGACAAUUUUCUGAAGGCUGUGGGAAGUUAAUGUUUGAGUAUUAUAUAGA